AUGGCUUACACUCCCCUCAGCGCUGUCGACUGGAACUUCCCUAGUCCAUCGGCGACUCCCACCAAUGCCUCGUUCGGUCACAAUGUCUACAACACCCCAAAGACUGCAAUCUUCCCCUCCCACUUUGCAGAUGCCUUCUCUACGCCGCAGAUGCCCGCCUAUACCACCACUCCCCGGCAACUGGACCACCUCACGAUGACGCCAGUGCAGAGACAGCAUGCAUCUGCCGAGACAUUGCGCGACAACUACUACGCCAACGUCCCAGCCUCGUCAUGCGGACCUCUCAACAACGUGCAACGAUCAAUGCCGCCGCCAAGCCAUACUCCAACCGCCUACCAGGGUCAGAUGACGAGCCCCGUCUACGGCAACAUUCACUCGCAGUCCGCCAGUGCCAUGUCCUUUGACACUUCGCAGAUGCAGACUCCUCCACCCACUCGCGGUACCUCUGCCCGAAAGCCCACACCACCCCAGCAAGUAGCCUUCGGCACGCCCUCCACAAUCGCUUCGAGGCGAUUUGUGACUCCGCAGCAGGUACCCAAUUCGAAUAUGCCAUCGCAAGCGCAGCAUGCACACAUGCCGAUGCAGUUCCCGCAGCUGCAGUUCUCAUCCGAUGUGUAUCAAUUUACCAAUCUGGGCCCAGCUUCCGCCCCUGUCUUUCCCCAGACGCAAUUGCUGUGGGAGCAGACUGCGAGCCCGAACAUGUAUAGCCAACAGGCUAUGUUGGACGAUCCGUUUGCGCCAAUGACUUCACAGCCAAAGAUUUGGCCACCAGUCUCCGCUGCACAGCAGAACAACGGGCAGCAGAUGUCGUUCAGCACACCUGUGAUGAAUGGCUUUCAGGUUCAGCAGCAGCAGGCGCAUAGACCCGCCUCCGCUGCACCAGUAGCACAGUCGCAGCCACAUCUAUCACCUCCCGUCAUGACAUGUGCUGUCGUCAAUCCUUCGCUGGUCUAUAGCUCUCCGGUCCGCCCAGCCAUGCCUCCGGUUCGAGCCCACGAGAGCAAGCCGCGAGGUGCUGCGCCCAGACCUGAGCCAAAGAGAAAGGACAGCGGCGCCAUAGAUCACAAACGAUCAGAUACCGUAACCUCCACCAUCUCGGCGCCCAUACCUUCCAAGCCACAACUUCGCAGAAGCAACACAGCGGGCACGACUUCUCGGCCCCAAAGCGCGCAUCCAUCGGUAGGAAGUGAUAGCCUGAGCCGCAGCAACAGCGUGAAGCAACCACCGCGGACCGUGUCGCCUUUGAAACGAAUUGGAAAGCUGCCUCUCGGGUCCAUCUCGGAGAACAAGAAGGCUCAGCUCAGAAGGUCGGUAAUUCUUACUGUCGAUGGCGAGACUGGUCUUGCUAGGACCGAGACACUGCCGCCAGACGACAGCCCGACCAAAUCUAUCCGCGACAGGUAUCCUGCCUUGUUUGACAGUGACUCGAGCGAUGAAGAGGGGGAAGAGGAGGACCUCACCCCUAGUCGGAGCACGUCGUUCAGUUUUGGCAGAAGCGAGGGAAGGAAGUCAAAGGCGGCGAAGCUGGACCCACCAGUGGAGAAUCUGGAAGGCCUGAGCAUACCGAGGUCCUCAUCAUCUGCUUCGAUGAAAGUGACGCCGUCCAGGGCUGCAAUUUCUGCGGCCGCACAACUCCGCAGAGGAGGCAGCUUGCGUAGACGGACACCUAGCCGCAAUGGUCAACGGCGGAGCGCGGCUUCGGCAAACAUUUCGAUUGACACUGCUCCAAUGGACCUGGCUGGAGAUCGUAGAUCAUUGAUGCUGAGCCCAGAAGAGCCCGGUCAUGAUUUCGAUUGGGAUAGCAGCUCACUUGCUGCCCAUAAUAGGAGGUGGAGCAUGAUGUCCUUGGAGCAACAGAACGUCUCUCCUACCCACCAGAACUCUGCAGUACAGCACACUCAGGCGAGCAAUCGACGUCCACAGCAAGCUGGGCGUCUGUUACGAUGCAGCUGUGGUGUCCCAGAAGAGCGAGGACAAGCCUUGGUGCAAUGCCGCUCGUGCACUCAAUGGGCUCAUGCGCAAUGUGUCGGACUGGAUCCCACGGCAAUACCUCCCACCUUCACGUGCUUCCUAUGCACCAAACCAAAUACCCGCAAUCGUCCGGGCAAAGUCGGCAGUCGCAACAAGGCCUGA